GAGGAUGAACUCGGCAUGCUUUGUUCUGUGAUGUUUCUCUGUGCCAGUGAAGGAAAAUGGACGUUGACAGCAAAGUUUGACCACCGGCAGCAGAACACGUUCACCUCUGAGUUCGAGGUGAAGAAAUACGUCCUUCCGGCCUUCAACGUCACCCUGACGCCCAAGAAGUCCUUCCUCAACCUGGAGGACAGCGAGCUGCAGGUGGAGGUCUCGGCCAGGUACCUGUACGGGGAGCCGGUUCAGGGGACGGCCUACGUGGUGUUUGGGGUGAAGAUCAACCAGGAGAUGAGAAGGUUGCCUUCAGUGAAGCAGGUUUCAAACCUGGACGGAGGAGUCGUCAGUCUGAGCAUGGAUGAGAUUGUG